GGGGCCCUCAUGCGUCCCGGUUGCCUGGAUACCUCUGCGACACAAUUGGUGCCGCUGGCGCUUCUGGACUGUGACUAGAAGGGGCAGUUGGCCUUCACUUUCCGAGGAGCCCGAGGAGGAGCGGCUGAAAGACCCGGCCGGCCACCCCGGACCUCGCGAAGCCGGCCUCCUGGCCCGCCCCCAAGUCCGGGAGCCCGGCCCCGCCACAAACCCCAGGUCCCCUCCAGGCUCCAGAUCCGGGGAGGCUGGGCGGCCAGACCCUUGAGCUGCGCCUGUGCCCCGAGGCUCACGCCCCCACACGCAGCGCACCUUGAUUCUCCGCAGCCUGGUCCCGGUCUGCGGAGAGCGAUGCCGCUUCCCGACACCAUGUUCUGCGCGCAGCAGAUCCGCAUUCCCCCGGAACUGCCGGACAUCCUGAAGCAGUUCACCAAGGCUGCGAUCCGCACCCAGCCCAACGACGUGCUGCAGUGGUCCGCGGGGUAUUUUUCAGCUUUGUCAAGAGGAGAUCCACUUCCUGUCAAGGACAGAAUUGAAAUGCCCGUGGCCACUCAGAAAACGGACACAGGCCUGACUCAAGGACUCCUGAAAGUUUUGCACAAGCAGUGUAGCCACAAGCAGUAUGUGGAAUUAGCACAUCUUGAGCAGAAAUGGAAAAAUCUGUGCCUGCCAGUAGAAAACUUCAGAACUCUGCUGCAGCUGGAUCCUUGUGAAAACAAAAUCGAGUGGAUAAAAUUUUUAGCGCUCGGAUGUAGCAUGCUUGGUGGGUCACUGAACACUUCGAUGAAGCAUCUGUGCGAGAUCCUGACCACGGACCCCGAGGGCGGGCCCGCGCGCAUCCCGUUUGAGACUUUCUCCUACGUCUACCGUUACUUGUCCAAGAUGGACUCCGACGUCCCCGAGGGGGACACAGAGUCCUAUCUCGCCACUUUAAAGGACACUGUAGACUCUAGAAAGAACGGCAUGAUAGGACUUUCAGAUUUCUUCAUUCUGACAAGGAAAGUUUAGGAAACCUCGAAGAGAAAGUGCAGAAGACAGAGCCAUUAAUACAGAAGAGAACACUUCUUAAUGUCAAGUGGUGCCUUUGUAAACCGUCGGCACCAAAUACAGCUUGUCAUUAACCACA